GGCGUGUUCACGUAUUUGCUCCACCAAACAAGCGACCAAAUAAAAUAACAAAGUAAUAAUAGUCUGUGUCUGACUCGCAUGUGGCAAACGGACAGCCAGUUUAUUGUGUGCAAAAAUAUUGGAAUUGAAGCAAAUUAAAAAUUUAACUGUUUUCGCAAGUGCAGUGUAAUAAAAUUAAAGUGCGAAUAUAAAUACAAUUUUUGAGCCGCGUUUGUUGGUGUUUAUCAACAGCUAUCCUUUCCAUCACCACUACAAUCACCGCAUUUUCCUCUUUUCAAACAAACUUUAAAUGGCUGUGCAAAUUCUGAAAUACACCACUGCGUGCUGCUGCAAGCUGUUGCUAUUGCUUUUACUUUGGAAUGCGGUAGUAGCGGCAAAUGGCACCGGAAAUGUGUCGCCGACGCAUGAGGAGCUUAAUUACCCAAAGGUCAUAAACGAACGGGGCAAACGUGAUGUUUCAACAUUAGGCGACACCACUACACCGGCGGACAACAACAACAAUGAAAACAACGAUACACCCAAUGAUAAGGACAAGCAUAAUUUGCCAUUUCAUCUCGGCAAUCCGCUGCGAGCACUGAACAUAGUCAAGCGUACACCGAAUGGCUUCAUUGGUAUGCGCGGCAAAAAGGAAUAUGAGUUCACCGAUUACAGCAACGCCAAUAGUCUAGCAGUGGAUGGUGAUAACUACGCCGAUUGGAGCAUUGACCCCACACAACAGGUGGCCUAUGCAAAUGAGCUGAAUAAUGCAUACGAUCGAUUGUUGACACUGGACCCACGCUUCAAAAAAGCGUCCAGUACUUUUUAUGGAGUGCGAGGCAAAAAGUAUUCCGGCAGCGAUUUUAAUCGCAUUGACUCACUUUUGCAACGGCUGGAAGAGGAUCAUUUGCGUGAAGCUCUGAUGCAGAACUUUUUCAAUAACUUGAUAAAUCGCAAAGCAUUAUCACAGAAUGAUGUCACAAAACGAGCGCCAACUGGUUUCACUGGAAUGCGAGGAAAGCGACCAGCUGCUGGGGUAAUGAACUACUUGUAUAAUGAUGAGGAUGGUACGCUGCCGUUGCCUAUGUUGGAUGAGAAACGUGGGCCGGUGAAUGCGUUUGUGGGUGUGCGGGGAAAGAAGGAUGUAGACCAUCAGACAUUCAAGCGAUCGCCGGCAGAGUCUGUUAAUCGGCGCAGCAAGUCUCGUUUUGUCGAUUUUAGCAACAAAUUUGUUGCGGUGCGAGGCAAAAAGGCCGAUUCCAACAGCGAUAGCAACACUUUCGCCGAUGAGACACACCAAAGAUACUAUGUCAACAAUAUGCCCUUAAUGCCGAUGCUCAGCAUACGCGACAAGCGAGCCAUUGCCAUGCCGGCGGAAGCGGAAGACGCGACGUAUGAGUUGGCUGUCAACGACUUGAGCGCCUUCCACAAUUAAAUUCAAAAGGUCUACACAUUUUUUCAACAGGCUAUUAGCGGCAAAUAAGUUUUCUUUCUUAAAUUAAGUUUUCAUGCAAGCAAGCAAGCAAGCAAAAAAUAAAAGUUCCUUUCAACACCACCAUUUAAAUUUGUAUACAAUACAUACACACAAGUAAUACAUAUAAGGCAUAAGAGGCUAAACAUUUCAGCAAUGAGCCAAAAUUGGACAGGCAAGUUCAAUAAGGAUAUUCACUCCAUGGUGCAUGGCGAAAAUGUAGAUUAUUUACAACUAAAUCUAUAAACACAAAAAACUAAGAAAUAUUUAAUGUUUUGGUUAAAACUUGAUUAAAACUAAAAAAAAAAAACCUGACUUAAACUUUAAAUCUAACUUGUGAGUACCUUUAUUGUAAUACACAGAUUCAACUACUCUCUCUUUUUUUCAUUUUUCAUUUCAAAGUUGUCUCUUGUAUUGGUGUCAGCUAAGGUGUAUGCCUUGAACAAUCGUGGGCUGGGAUUGUUGAUGCGCAAACACUUGAAUUCAUCUGUUGUUAAUUUUUUUAACUGUUUUUAAAAACAAUCACAUCAAUACUAACAAAAGACUAGGUGUUUAUAAGUAUAAAAUAAAUAAAAUCUAUUACAAGUAUAAAAUGAAGGUUAUUUAUGGAAAUGUGUGCAAAUACAAUUAAGUCGAAAUGGUAAAAAAAUUCAGCAAUUGUAUGCAUUAGUAUUAUAAUAAUAAAAAAUCCAUAGCAACAGAAAAUGCAUGCAAUGCAAAUUUAUUGCAAGAAAGCCUAUAAAUAUUAUAGAAAUAAUAAUGUGUAUAUUGAUUUUAUUAUUCCGUGUGCAUAAAAACCAGUGUGUUUAUUAUUUCUUUACUUAAUUUAAAAUAAAAUCAAUUUAACUUAACAUAUACAAGGAAAAAACGCAACCUGCAUUCAUCCAUGCAUUAAUAUUAUAUUAUAUGUCUUGUAAAUAGUGCAAUUUAUUGUAAUUAUAAAUAAAUAUGUACAAUACAUACAUACCUUAUAUACGUGCAAUUAUUGUAA